GUGAAUCAACACUUGUACAGACGACUGUCCACGAUGGCGUCCUCUGUAAUGCUGUUAAUGCUGGUUCUUCAGUUUGGAUUUGGACAAAGCUCUCAUAAACAUCUCCAUGAAGAUCAUUAUAUUGGCGGGGACCACAACCCUGAACAUGAUAUGAACAUCCUGCUGGGAGAUGAGGACACUGAGGAGAUAAAGAAACUUAGCCCAGCAGAACAGAGGACAAAGAUAAUGGAAAUUAUGAAGCGGAUUGAUACAAAUGCAGACAAGCUGCUAAAUACAGAGGAGAUCACACUAUGGAUCCAGCAAGUCUACAGAAAAUAUGCCCUUGAUGAUGCAAAGGAGCGCUUCCCUGAGUUUGACACCGACAAAGAUGGCGUUGUAACAUGGGAAGAAUACAACACAGUUGCCCAUGACCAGCUCAUUAUUUUUGAUGACAGCACUGUUCUGGAGGAUCCAGAGCAAGAGUCUCUCAGACAUCUCCAUCUGAAGGAGAGGAGGCGCUUUGACUUUGCUAAUGUGGACGGCACUCCUGGGCUGAAUGUGACAGAGUUUCUUGCCUUCACUCACCCAUCUGAAGUGGAUCACAUGUCUGAUUUUGCCAUUGAAGAUGUGUUGAGUGAAUACGACACUGAUAAUGAUGGACUCAUCAGUCUGACUGAAUUUAUCGGAGAUGUUCGGGGUGAUGAGGAUUCCCCUUCACAGUGGGAGAUAGAAGAAACAGUGCGGUUUAAAGACGUCUAUGAUCAAGAUAAGGACGGCACAUUGAAUCGAGACGAGCAGCUCCGCUGGGUCGCACCCAACAGUUACGGCUCAGCAAGAGAAGAGGCUCUUCACCUCAUCAAGGAAAUGGACCAGGAUGGAGACGGUCAGAUCUCAGAGGCUGAAGUUUUGAAAAAUCAAGAAACAUUCAUGAACAGCGAAGUGACAGACUAUGGCAGACAGCUGCAUGUGUCACACGAUGAACUAUAACUAUACCAUACAUGUUGUUUAUUUCCAUGAAGAUGUAAUGUUUUUUUCCUGUGUUGCACUUCGACAUUCGUCAAAGGAUUUACAUCAUUGUUGAUCUGUCUGUGUACAUUAAUUUGCAAUAGUGAACAACAUGGACAAAAUUACAGGAAACGCAAACGCAUUGCAACGCAAGCUUAAUACAUCACCAACACAAGUUGCACAUUAGUGAAUCUGAACAACAUAAGCUUCACAAAAUAGUAUGUUAUAUUGGCUAUAUUGCAUAAUAUUGUAAGCCAUUCCUCUUUUUUUGUCCACUUUACAUGCCAAUACUCCUGAAGGCCUGGGAGGAUAAAAUGUGAAUAUGAUUGUAACCACUUUUUCACAUGUAACCUAAGUUUGUUUUGAUUACAUUUAUACUACCUGUUGUUGAACUGUAGCUGUACUGUCACGUGCCAAAAGGGACGGUGAAAAGUUUCAGUCCAGUUGCGGUAACCACUGACAUGGUGCACUUCUUCCUCAUUUAAAUCAAAUGAGUAAGUGAGUGAGUGAAGGCUGGUUUCCUGAAUGUGUCAUGAUCCGUUUCACUUUGCACCGAGCAGCAGCCUGGUACACUACUGGCAGUUAUAAAGUGGCUUCAAGUUGAGUGGAUUUAUCCAGCAGGCACUAUUUUUUGACCGCUGCCAAGAUGACAUUACAAUUUAAAGAUGCCUUUUGGGUGAGUUAGUGAUAGUACUUAUUCAUACUUAUUUUUUAUAUGUUCAUUUUCAGCUCUCAAGUUGAGACUUUACUGAGCUGUGAAGUUGUUGCUUUUAGUGUGAUCACUGGUUUUUUUUUAACCUAAUAUCGUUCAUGUGUCUUUACACUUCUGCUUUUUGCUUCUGUAUGGACAGUAUCUUCUGUAUCAUACACUCUUAAUGUAUUUAGGUAUCUUUAGUUUGUCUUUGACUACAGUUAACUAAACACUCUGUCCAGUCUUUAGACUAAUUAUUUUAACUUCUUUACUUUUUCUUACUUUGAAACUCACCAAACAGGAGCUGAAUUGUUGCUUUGAUUGGAUUAAAAGAUUAACUUUUUUGUGCCAUG